UCAAACUCAACACCUGGGCGACCAGGCCAGGAAGAGAAUGAAGGGCAAACAGGCGCGAGCCAAGCUCUCGUCUAGCAGUGCGCCGAAUCUUGUCGAGCUCGUAAGGGUCACGCAGGGUCACGCACUGCGCUGCAGAGCCUGCCGGGAGCUCGGUGCGCAAUGGCGACGCCUUCUCUGCGGGGUCGCUUGGCGCGGCUUGGAAACCCACGGAAGCCUAUACUGAAGCCCAACAAACCCCUUAUCCUAGCUAACCGUGUCGGGGAACGACGCCGGGAGAAAGGCGAGGCAACCUGUAUCACUGAGAUGUCGGUGAUGAUGGCUUGCUGGAAGCAGAAUGAAUUCCGCGACGAGGCAUGCAGAAAAGAGAUCCAGGAGUUUUUCGAUUGUGCUUCGAGGGCUGAGGCAGCCCGAAAGAUGAGAUCAAUCCAGGAGACCCUGGGAGAGUCUGGGCGUUUGCCCCCCAAGAAGUUGAAUAAAUUAUUACAGAGGUUUCCUAACAAACCUCAUGUCAGCUGAAGAUGGAGAAGCAUUUUCAGUGACUGGACUAUAGCUUCUGAGAACUGUACAGAGGCAUGUUAGAGACAUUUGCCCUGCCACGCUCCAUUUGAAGGGUGAAAGAAGGCAAAACACUUUUUUUCACCGUUUGGAAUCAAUGAAUGGAAGUUAUGCUUUAUUUUGAAAUAAAAUCUUCUCAAGAGAA